AUGACUUUCACUCAAGACCGGCCAUCCGCUGAUGACUUGCCAUUAUUGGCUUCCGACAGAUCUAGAGAUUCUACCGGCCAUCUAUUGAUGACUUGCCAAUAUUGGCUUCCGACAGAUCUAGUGUUCCCAGUCUGCCCGCUGGCGCUUCUCGUGCUUAACAGAGCUAUCGAAAUACUAUGGUGCGAAAAGAAAAAAACUAUCGACGCACCUGAAUAA